CUCUAUCUGUCACCGACUCUACUUGGUCUGUGGUCACCGACUACAAUUCAAUGACUGUGUAGUGUAGAAUUCUCUUAUUGUUCUUAUUAUUGUUAAUUUAAUUACCGUUUUAAUAUUUAAAAUGCAAUUUAAAAAAGUGACACAUGUCCUGUUUGAUUUAGAUGGCUUACUGUUAGAUUCUGAGAAUUUGUACACAGAAGCUUUCACUACAGUAUGCGCUAAGUAUGGAAAAACAUUUACUUGGGAAUUAAAAGCAAGCUUAUUAGGAUUCCAAGGUCAGGAAUGUGCAGACAAAAUAAUUGAAGUUUUACAGUUGCCCCUUACCAGAAAUGAGUUUUUAAAUGAAUGUCAAAAGGAAUAUGAAGUGUUAUUCCCUACUGUCAAGCUUAUGCCAGGUGCUCAAAAACUAGUGGAACACCUACAUAAAAAAGGUGUUCCAAUAGCAAUGGCAACCAGCUCAAGCCAAGACAGUGUGAACAUGAAGAUGCAAAAACAUAUGGACUUCCUGAAAUACUUCCAUCACCUCACCAUGGGUUCAUCUGACCCUGAGGUAACCAAGGGAAAGCCUGAUCCAAUAAUUUUUUUGGUUUGUGCAUCAAGAUUCCCUGACAAACCUAACCCUGAAAACUGCUUGGUUUUUGAAGAUGCUGUAAAUGGCAUCAAAGCUGCAAAUGCAGCAAAAAUGCAAGUGGUAGUUGUGCCAGAUCCCCGCAUCCCUGCUGACCAGUUGAAAGAUGCUACACUUGUCCUCAAGUCUUUAGAAGACUUCCAACCUGAAUUGUUUGGUCUUCCACCAUAUUGAUUUAGAAUUGAUACUUAUACAGUAUAAUUAUUCAAUGUUAGUUACGAAAAAAGAAAGAGAAUCUACUAUUUUUAUAGUUGUUGUUACAAAGAUGUACUUAAAAUGUUUCCAAUACUCUAUCCUCCUAAGACCGAAUGUUCUUUAUAAAUCCAAAACCCAUUGUUUAACUAUUGUGUCUGGAAAUCUCGGUCUUAAGAGGUUAUACUAUAGUAUAUUAAGUCCCUAUCACUGGUAUGUUAUCAUCAUCAUAUAAGUCCGAAAAUAUUUCAAAAUCUCUUAGAUUGCAGAGAUUUUUAUUUAUAAUUAUGACUGAUACCAACCACUUAAAAUAUGUAAGUUAUAAAAAAGUUUAUAAAACACCAUAAUACCUCAGUACCUACAAAUCUAGUCAAAUUAUUGUGAUGUUGUUGAAAAUAAACACAUACUUAUAGGUA